GUGAUAACUUUUUUGGUAAUGAUCCACUGACAUAUUUAGUUAUUGCUCUUUAUUCUGUAGAUCAAGGAUCAACACACUUUGUCUCUAAAGGGCCAGAGAGUAAAUAUUUUAGGCUUUGAGGGCCGUGUGAUCUGUGUCUCUCAACUCUUCUGUUGUGGCAAGCAGCCACAUAAACAAAUGAAAGUGGCUGUGUUCCAAUAAAACUUUAUUUACAGAAACAUGUAUUGGGCUGGAUUUGACCUGGGACAAAGUUUGCUGAUCCUGCCUGUAGAUUAUAGACACUCCCCAGAACAAAUCUGCUACUUGUUGUGACAAAGUGUAUAUUUGUAUAGUCAAAUAACGUAGGUACUUCUGUGAAGAGAACUAAUAACUGCAUGAUAAUGACGGGGUUCAGGACAUGCUACCCCAAAAUAUGGCACCUUGGCAUGUUGAAUAUUUCAAGCUGAAGGAAUUUGAGAAAUGGCAUGGGCCACCUUACUGAUCUUCCCCUGAAGCAGGUCAUAAAACCCUCUUGUGAGAGGUUUAUGCUCUCCCUGUACCAGGAGGAAGGGACCAUCCUUAUCUCCAAAGACAAAGGGACACAGAGAGGAUGUGAAUGACUUUUAGCUUGGCUGAGUUUCCCCAGUUUACUAGUUACCUCAUACCCUAUGUCCUAUUUUAUCUUUCCACAACUCUCCACUCUUCAUCAAACCUAGCGUAAAAGCACUUGGGCUUAACCAUUUCCUCGGUCUUCAUUUCCUUAUGAAAUCUCCCAUGUCACAUAAAACUUACAUUAAAUGAAUUUUUAUGCUUUUCUGUUCUUAAUCCGUCUUUUGUUACAGCAGUGUCAGUUGAGAACAUAGCAGGGUAGAGGAAAAGGAUAUUCCUCCUCUACAAUAAUAAAGUGUGCAUUGCAAAGGCUUCUAUCAGAAAAUCAGCAUAUGCAUAUUUGGGGAUUCUGCAUGAUUAACUCGUGUUCAAAGAUCUCCAAUUUCUGGAAAAUAUGAAGAUAAUUGUCAAGAUAGCUUACAAAAUAUUUCACAUAUUUGACCAUGACUUGGCUCGAUAAAGUGUACUUUAGUGACAAGUGUAGAAUUCAGAGAGUAGGUUUUACUUUUACUUUGUUUCUUCUUCUAUAAGAUUAUAGAAUCUUUUUUAUGUUUAGCACGUAACCAAAGGUGACCACUACUCUUGUUAAAACAUUCCAACAACCAAAUUCACUCCUGUUGAAGACUUAGUUCCAUAAUUUCUCACUUUUGGUUGUAAGGAGUAGAUAAGGACAUGACUAGCAUCUGUGACUAGAAGGUAUACAAUGUAUGGCUCUCCCCAUAUUUAGAUCAUUUCCCCUGAUUUAAAGCAGUUAGAAAUUAAGGACUUCCAAAUGAUAAAUUAUGAUUCAAGUAAAGAUGCUAUCAUUAAAUAGAGCCUAGAAGAGCUAAGAGUCUUUGUCCUCAUGGUCUUAUCAUUCCAAUCAAACAAAUAUUUUAAAAAGUGGAAAAAGAGGAAAUAGAAAAAGGAUAUGAUGGUAGACAUUAUUAUGCUCUGCUGCUUCUGUUCUCUUCCUACUCGGUGUUUACUGUCAAAGAGAACUAAUAUUUAUUUCUUAUUUAGUGAGAGAAGUUUCCAGCUGCCUCUAGAGAUAACUGAGGAUAGAAAAAUUAGCUCCAAGCAGAUCAUUCUUGUUUUGUGAAGAAUAAUUUGAGAAGUUCCCUUUAGUUCCGUAAACGUAGUGAGUAGACCCCAUUGUCCUGAUACUUAGUACUUAAUAAUAAUGGUUAUUAUAAUAAUUAUAAUGUUAACAAUAGCAAUUUUUAUCAAUGACAUAGGCCUCACUGAGUGAAGCUCUUUGCUGGGGAGGAAGCUGACCAAUCUUUACAAGAGGAGCCUGUUACCACUGUGAGGGAACAGAGGCUUAAAGAAGCUGGCAGAUUUGUCUGAGAUCGAGCAGAGAGCAAGUGGUAGAGGCACGGCUUGAAUCUCACUUCUUCUGACUUAAAAUUUCACUCAUUGAACUGUACCAAGGAAGGCACUCUGCAGGGGUAAGACCGUGAGACAUGGCUGAGGACAAAAGCAAGAAAGACUCCAUCGGAAUGAGUAUAAAGGGAGGCCAGACAAACAACGGGUUUGUCCAAAAUGAAGACAUCCUAGAGAGGGACCCGGAUCCAGACAGCCCAGCCGACAGCCCACAGCACACUGCCCUGCACAUCCUUGGCCCCACAGAGCCCGACCUGAAGGACAUCCGGCCCUAUGCAGGGAUGCCCAAGGAGGUGCUAUUCCAGUUCUCGCACCAGGCCCGCUACCGGGUGCCCCGGGAGAUCAUCUUCUGGCUCACGGUGGCUUCCGUGCUUGUGCUCACUGGGGCCACCAUAGCCAUCAUCGCCAUCUCUCCAAAGUGCCUUGACUGGUGGCAGGCUGGGCCCAUGUACCAGAUCUACCCGAGAUCUUUCAAGGACAGUGACAAGGAUGGGAACGGAGAUCUCAAAGGUAUUCAAGAUAAACUGGACUACAUCGCAACUUUAAAUAUAAAAACUAUUUGGAUUACUUCAUUUUAUAAAUCAUCCCUUAAAGAUUUCCGACAUGGUGUUGAAGAUUUCCGAGACAUCGAUCCCAUUUUUGGAACAAUGGAAGAUUUUGAGAAUCUGCUUGCAGCCAUACAUGAUAAAGGUUUAAAAUUAAUAAUCGAUUUCAUACCAAACCACACGAGUGAUAAACAUCCUUGGUUUCAGUUGAGUCGGACCCGGACAGGGAAAUAUACGGAUUAUUAUAUCUGGCAUGACUGUACUCAGGAAAAUGGUAUAACCAAACCACCCAACAACUGGUUAAGCGUAUACGGAAACUCCAGUUGGCACUUUGACGAAGUACGAAACCAAUGUUAUUUUCACCAGUUUAUGAAAGAGCAACCUGAUUUAAAUUUCCGCAGUUCUGAUGUUCAAGAAGAAAUAAAAGAAAUUAUACAGUUCUGGCUCGCCAAGGGUGUUGAUGGCUUUAGUUUUGAUGCUGUUAAAUUUCUUCUAGAAGCAAAGCAUCUGAGAGAUGAGCCCCAAGUGAAUAAGACCCAAAUGCCGGACACCGUCACACACUAUGCGGAACUGUACCAUGAUUUCACCACCACGCAGGUGGGAAUGCAUGACAUUGUCCGGAGCUUCCGGCAGACGAUGAACCAAUACAGCAGUGAGCCUGGGAGGUACAGGUUCAUGGGGACCGAAGCCAAUGGAGAGAGAAUUGACAGGACCAUGAUGUACUACGGGUUGCCUUUUAUCGAAGAAGCAGAUUUUCCCUUCAACGAUUACCUCACGAGGCUGGAAACUCCUUCUGGGAGCAGUGUGUUUGAGAUUAUCACAUCCUGGAUGGAAAACAUGCCAGAAGGAAAAUGGCCUAACUGGAUGAUCAGUGGACCAGACAAUGCCCGGCUGAUUUCUCGUCUGGGGAAAGAGUAUGUCAACGUCAUGAACAUGCUUGUUUUCACACUCCCUGGAACUCCCAUAACUUACUAUGGGGAAGAAAUAGGAAUGGGAAAUAUUUUAGCCACAAAUCUCAACGAAAGCUAUAAUGUUGAUACCCUUUUCUCAAAGUCACCAAUGCAGUGGGACAAUAGCUCGAAUGCUGGUUUUUCUGAAGGCAAUCAUACCUGGUUACCUACCAGUUCAGAUUACCACACUGUGAAUGUUGACGUCCAAAAGACUCAGCCCACAUCAGCAUUGAAGUUAUAUCAAGAAUUAAGUUUGCUUCAUGCCAAUGAGCUGCUCCUUAGCAGGGGCUGGUUUUGUCAUCUGAGGAAUGACAGCCACUCUGUCAUGUACACAAGAGAGCUGGAUGGCAUUGACACAGUCUUUCUCGUGGUUCUGAAUUUUGGAGAAUCAUCACUGCUAAAUCUAAAGGAAAUGAUUUCAGAUAUUCCCACAAGAGUGAGGAUAAGGUUAAGUACCAAUUCUGCCUACAAACGCAGUGAAGUUGACACGUCUGCCAUUGUACUGGACAAGGGAGAAGGACACAUCCUUGAAUACAACACGAAGAAUCUUCUUCAUCACCAAACUGCUUUCAGAGACAGAUGUUUUAUUUCCAAUCGGGCAUGCUAUUCCAGUGUGUUUAACAUACUGUACAGCUUGUGUUAGGGCGCUUCU